AUGAGAUUAAAACUAAAGUCAACCAAUGGAGUAUCCACCAUAACUUUGGAUGAUUCAAAGAAAUUAUUUAAAGAUUUCCUUAUAGAUAUUCAACAAGAUACACAACUACAUCAAGAUACUUCAGAAAGUGUAUCAACAAUUAAAUUAGGGUUCCCACCUAAACCAAUUGACUUAUCAUAUGGACUAGAAACAACUUUAAGCGAUAAAAAUAUCAAAGAUGGUGACCAAUUGUUAAUUGAAUUCACUUCAUUCAAAAGGAAAUCAGUUUCUGAACCUCCAUUAUCCCCACAACCUUCAGAAAAGAAACCUAAUCUACGAGAUGAUAUCCCAUCGACUUUUAUUGAAUCACUUAAUAAAUACCUAAUUCUUCGAAAUAUUCCGGAUGAUAAUUCCUGUUUAUUCAAUUCUAUAUCGUAUGCCAUAUCAGGGUAUGAUUCAUUCAAGAAUAUUUCUCCACCAGAAGAAUUGAGGAAAGUGGUAGUGAAUUAUAUUGAAAAAGAUCCCGAAUUAUAUUCUGAUUUAAUUUUAGGUAGACCUAGAGAAGAAUAUUGUCGAUGGAUUAUAAAGAAAGAUAGUUGGGGGGGUGCUAUAGAAUUGGGGAUAUUGGCAGAUUGGUUUAAUGUUAGAAUUGUAUGUAUAGAUAUUGAACUGGGGAAUUUCAUUCGAUUUGAAAAUGAAAAGGAUCAUCCAGAAAAAUUUAUUAUAUUGAUUUAUAGUGGGAUUCAUUAUGAUGUAUUGGCUACUAAUGAUGAAUUGAGUACGGAAAACAAAGACACUGAUGUCGCUCAAUGGUCCACUGGAGAUGUUCAACAAGAAGAAGAUAUUUUAGCUGCUAGUCAAAAAUUAUGUAAGUUGUUACAGAGUAAAGAUUAUGCAACAAAUACAACUACAUUUAGAGUUAGAUGUCUAGAUUGUUAUCUGGUAUUAGUUGGAGAAAUGGGUGCUUCUAAACAUGCAGAAGAAACAGGGCAUCUUAAUUUUGGUGAAGUUAAGAAAAGCUAG